GCAGGAAGGACCGAUCCGGCUUGACACGCAUCCACCAAAGACCAGCACAGCACAGCACAGCACAGCACAGCACAACAACAUCACAACACACAGCUUCCAUUUUUCACCUCCUCACCGGAAAGAAAGAGCGGUCUGGAAUAUCAUGGGCAACGUCCAGCCCACCAUAGUCCCAUAUGAGGACUUUGACGUCACAGCUGAUAUCAAGGCCCUCAGGAAGGCAUGUAAAGGUUUAGGCACAGAUGAAGAGGCCAUUAUCCAAAUCCUGGCCAAUCGUUCUGCAGCUCAGCGGGUGGAGAUCAAACAGGCCUACUUUGAGAAGUACGAUGAUGAGUUAGAGGAAGUUCUGAAGAAGGAGCUGACAGGUAGUUUUGAGAAAGCCACCAUUGCCAUGUUGGACCCUCCUCAUAUUUACUUCGCUAAGGAGCUGAGGAGGGCCAUGAAGGGGGCGGGCACUGAUGAAGCCGUGCUGGUAGAGAUCCUGUGCACAGCCACCAAUGAGGACAUUUUGAAGUACAAGGAGGCAUAUGGCCAGGUGCAUGAGCGUGACCUGGAGGCAGACAUUGAGGAUGACACCAGUGGAGAUGUGAGAAACCUGCUGACCUCACUGCUGCAGGCGGGCAGGGAUGAAGGCUAUGAGGUGGAUGAGGAUUUGGCCGAACAGGAUGCCACGUCUUUGUUUGAGGCAGGAGAAGGAAGGUUUGGCACAGACGAGACGACCUUUACCUUCAUCCUGACACACAGGAACUACAUGCAGCUUCAGGCCACCUUUAAGGUCUAUGAGUCUCUUUCAGGGACAGACAUUCUGGACACCAUUGACUCUGAGGCAACAGGAACCCUCAAGGACUGCUACAUUACUCUGGUAAGGUGUGCUAAGAACCCACAGCUGUAUUUUGCCCGACGCCUUAAUGCUGCCAUGAAGGGACUGGGCACUGACGAGGACACACUCAUUCGCAUCAUCGUAGGCCGUUCUGAGAUUGACUUGGAGACAGUUAAGGACAUGUACCUGGAGAAGUACGAUGUAACCCUGAAAGAGGCCCUGGAUUCAGAGUGUGGUGGAGAUUUCAAACGCCUCCUGAUUGAGAUCCUGCACUGAACACUUUCCACUCCUCCUCCUACAGGCCUUAUUUAACCUCUGUUCCUACUCUGUCUUUCUCCUCACUCCUCUUCCUUUUACUACUUUUAACAGUUCCACUCAUCCUUUCCGUGGACUUCUUUCUAUCUAUCAUCUUACUUACAUCCUUUCUUACCUGUCUCUCCCUCUCUCUCUUCACUCUUAGAGAAAGUCAGUUCUCUUUGCAGCAUGGACCAAAAACCAACUCAUUACUAUAUUAUACAACGUUUGACACAGUUUUGCCAAGAACAUUUCACUCAGUGGAAAUUUCCUGACAGUUAUAUUCCAGUAUACAACACAGGUGCAUUGAAUAUUUGUGAUCUGUUUUACAAUAUAAUGGCAGCGUUGUGGAACUUACAUGGAACUUGUGCAGCUGAGCAUCACACUGAUGUAUUAAUCCAAACAGAAGUCCUUUAUUCACAGUCAACAGCUUUACAGUCUUUGUAUUUCAGCUAUCAGGUCACCAUUGCAAGCUUGUCCCAAAGCUGUAAACAUUAGGAGGCUGCUGCUGCUGCUCUACAUAAAAUAUGUAGUCUCCUUAUUUGUUUUUUUUGUCACUUUUUGCCAUCUCUGUCAUUCAUCAUUAUCAUCAACUGCACGACACUGUUUGCCUCAAAGAUGCCUUUCAUAACUUUAUAGCAAUGCAGUUUCCUUUUUGCUGCAACACUCAACACUUAAGUGCCGAAUUAUCACAUUUGAUCGCUAAUAUCUGAAUACACCAGAGGAUUAAUUAUACAUGACGAUAUUAUUACCCUUAAAAUCAAAGGCCUAAAUGCUUGUUGUAUACAGUUUUUUGUAGUCACGUCCCUCGAUGCUGUGUGGGAUUUUAACCGUUCUUUUUUUUAAUCACAACUCACAGGCUGCCUUGUUCUCACAUUUGUACACUUUAGAAGAUGUUAGUAGCCAAUCUGUCAUUAAAUUUAGUUCCAGUCAUAUGCCAGUGUAAAACUCUUAUCAGGCCAUCAUACAUUUAAGAUCUUUAGAUGAUGAUAUUAACAACAUUGAACAAGACAUUAAUUAUGAUCUGUAACCCCUGAAUUACAAUCACUCAUAAUGGCCACAUGUCUGUGUUCAUGUUUGGAACUGUAUCUGAGCUAAUUUUAUUAUUUCAGUGACAUAAAUAAGUAUGAUAUACUGGUGUGUUGUCAAAUAGCAAAUUAAUACAUUAACUUUCAUGAAAGAAGUAAUUGUUAAUCUGUUUUAAUGGCGUAUAAAUAUGUAUGUAAGUAGUGAUAAUAAAUUUUAACUCC